CAAUAAUUUCAACUCUAAUAAAAUCGAAGCGAUCAAGAGAGGUAGAAAAAGUAAUACCGCCUUCGUUACGCACGAUCGCAGGCCAAUGAAGUGCGAUAAGUCGCUCGUGGCCACUCCCUAAAGUGACUUAAGCAGCUUCCACAUGCGGACCACCUAUGGGACAGGAUUAGCUGCUAAAAAGAUCCCAUUAGUGCGGCAGUGCAUCGGAAGUUGGUUAUCGAUAAUUAGAGGCGAUCAAGAACCGAAGUUUUAUUGAGUAGAGUUUGUUUUAUGAGUGCAGUUUGCUGAUUACCCAGAGUUUAUGUUUUGUGCUGUUUAUACAUGUUUUAAGUGCAGGAUAACCAGGUAUUUUAAGGACAUAUUAGCAACCAUGGACACCAUACAGAAUAGUAAUUUUCUGAACCUCUCCACAGAAAAGCAACCUCCAAAACUAAAAUUCGGCAUAGACCAAUUGCUCGCAACAUCGAAAGAAAAAGAAGCACUUCCCAAAGGGAUUACAAAACCCACACCAACAAUGGCUAUUCCUUGCUCUGACUGCGUGUCGUCCAUUUACAGAUGUUGCAAAGUGAGUUCUUCAGCGUGUUCACAGACUAGAGAAAUUCCAGAGUAUUUGGCUGGACACAUGUUUGGAAAUAAUGCCACUACGUAUACGAUGCAACCUUUUAGGCCAUUCCCUACACGACCAAGUAUUCGAAUACCAGAUGUACACUCAACUUCACACUCAAAUUCAAACCUCAACAACUGCUCUUCCAGCCAGAACAAGAGGAAACGUUCGUGGUCCAGAGCCGUAUUCAGCAAUUUACAACGAAAAGGCCUCGAAAGAAGAUUUCAAAUUCAAAAAUAUAUAACGAAACCGGAUAGAAGACAGUUGGCAGCCACUCUAGGUUUGACAGACGCUCAGGUCAAAGUUUGGUUUCAAAAUAGAAGGAUGAAGUGGCGGCAUUCUAGAGAAGGACAAGGUGGAGAGAAUGCAGUAGCUGAUUCGACCCAAGAAGAAUUGCAUAUUGAUGUAGAUACUGUAACGGAUGAUGUUGACUGAG